GUGGGAUUCAAAUAUCAUUGACCCCAAACACGGCAACCUAUUUCGUGCCCCCUACCUCUUGUGCCUCUAUAUAUACGUGCGUGCGCUGUGUGCGUAUGUUCAUCAUCUUCACCUGACCAGAUAGAUACCCGUUCGUUCGUUUCGUGAUCUUGCUCCAUGGACUACCCACCUUUUUUCCAUCAUCCCGGCAUCUCGGCGGCCAAGGACCCCGCCCCACAUCUCCUCGGCUUGGAGAAGAGGGAGGAGGACGACGUCGAUCUCUAUGCUGAGCUGUGGCAACAGAUCCUGCAGCUGACUUCGGACGAGGACGACAACCCAGCCGGCUCGAAGAAUCAAGGCCCGUGCCCGGUCGCUGCUGCGCCGCCUCCUCCCGUGAGCUGUUUCGAUUGGCGGAUGAUCAACAUGAACGUCGAGCUGUCGCCACCAGCUUGGCUGCUCAGCCCGCCGAGGAGCGCGAGUGGUACGGGAGUGUUCAUUCCGAGCGCUGCCGCAACGGGAAGGGGGCAUAAUCGAGGAAUAGGGGCCAAGAAGAAGAAGAAGAAGGCCAAGAAGCAAGUAGAGAACAAGUGAACUCGAGCCGCCGCGGCAAUCCGCGCGGAUCGCCGCAAAGAUAUCAUGGCAACUAUUAUGGCAGUUUAAUAAAUAGGGAAUAAGCUGUUUUC